UGCGAAAAUACAAACCAGUCGUAGUCUCACGGUUCAUCUGUUUUCCUGCAAGCCCCGUUUCACGUUUGAGCAUUAGUAAAUUGAAGCUGGUGGGAUCAAGGAAACUCCAAGAUGGGGAAGAGAAGCAAAAAGCCGAUCAAGCCCAAUACUUCCGCUGCGGCCAAGGCUAAGAAGACUAAAUCAUCGUCAAGUGGUGGCUCUGGCACUGCUCCGAAAUACACCGUGGAAGAUCUUCUUGUCAAGAUCGAUGGACUGAUGGAAACAUUUGAGUUUGAAGCAGCACAGCAGUUUUGCGAGCGGGCUCUUCAGAUUAAUCCCAAUCAUCCUCAGCUGCUGGACACGACAGCUGCCAUUCUGCUGGAGCUUGGCAAUCCAGACCAAGCCUACGAGGUCCUGUGUCGAGCGGUGGAGAUCAGUCCGGAUGUUGGCCACGUCAAGUACAUGUACCUGGGUCAGAUGUGUGCGGGAAUGGAGGGCGCUCAGCACUACAUCAAGGGCCUAAGCAUCAUGGAGUCCCUGCUGGCGUCACAGAGUGCGGCUGCUAGUAGCCAAGCCGUGGCAGCUGAAGAAGUAUGCGCGGGCUACUGCUCUCUAGCGGAGCUGUACCUCACCGAUCUAUGUUUUGAGGAGGAUGCAGCAGUCCGCUGUGGUGAAUUCAUUGCCAAAGCACUGCACCUGUGCCCGGACAGUCCAGAGGCACUGCAGAUGAUGGCCAGCUUCAGAAUGAGCGAAGGCAACAGCGACGAAGCGAAGCAGUUAAUCGUGAAGUCAGUUGACUCGUGGCUGCCCAGUCCGUCUGAGCAGGAAGCAUCAGCAUAUGCUGCGGCGAAAGCAGAUGAGGACGAAGAGAGGUGUGUACCGCCGUAUCCAGCCCGGGUCGCCGCUGCAAAGAUCCUGAUUGAAGUCGGCGAGCAUCAGCGCGCCUUUUCCGUCCUCGAUGGCCUGAUUGAUGAUGACGAUGAAGUCAUAUCGGUGUGGUAUUUGUUUGGCUGGGCGCACUACCACUGCGACGAGAAGUCCGACUCGCGGACUUAUCUCCAGAAAGCGAAGGAGCUGACAGCGAAGCAUGAGUGUGAUGACGAGGCAAUGCUUACUCACAUUGAUGAGCUGCUGGCUGAGCUAGGACCCGAGUCGGACAACGAGGACGGCGGCCAAGACGAGGAAGUCAUGGAAACGUGAGCUGAUGCCAUGUCACUGGUGAUGCCGACGUGUUGGUCUCUACAAAUUCUCUCAAUAACCUGGUGUAAAGCCCCUGGGGCUUUCCAGAGCUGACACCAAUGCUCUGUAAUUGUUGCCGACUCUGUGCUACCGGCUGCCACGCACCCGGCUAAAACCCGCACACGACUGUUUUGAGAUGUGAGCGAAUUGUGCCAAGGGAGGUGCUUCUCGAUGGCGGCGGCCCGUUCCUCUCGCCAUGCCCUUUCUCGAGCAAUGAGAAUGUUCAACAGGUGUGGAGUGGUGUUCAGCCGGCAAGAUGUCCCGCUCGUGUAGGUUGUGCGGUGAACUAUGUGGACAUGGUCGGCAACUUUGCGGCUGAUUGUGCUGCCUCAGUUGCUCUGAACUCCUGGAGUGAAGUAUGGCUGAGUGUGCUUACUGGACCUCUGGAGACAUGCAGCUGAUCUGCCUCUUCCGUCCCGUAUGCUGCAAGUAUUUGUCAACAAGUACCACUUUGAACCUGGUGACUGAUUGCAUACAUGGUCUCUAUUUUCACACGAUAUAACUCCCUGGCUUUUGCCCUGCCCGUGUUUUGCCAUUCAUUUGCCCUAGAGUUUCGGGUGGAGGCAAAAUUCAUCUCAUGCAUUCAGCUCUCUGCUGCCCCUAAGUUAUCCCCCCUCCUCCCCCCAUGCACAACGCACUCACACACAGACCUGCGCUUGUCAGCCUUGCCAGAGAGCUCACAGGGAUGGUUUGGCAGAUCUGGCAGAUAUUGGACUUAGAAUAACUCGCAGUCAUACUCUGGCAUUGUUGUAUCAGAACCAGCUCAUUCAUAGCUCCACCCACUCUACCCCCAUCCCUGCUGUGGUUCAUCCAUCCCUGCUGUGGUUCAUCCAUCCCUGCUGUGGUUCAUCCAUCCCUGCUGUGGUUCAUCCAUCCCUGCUGUGCUUCCCCCAUCCCUUCAGUGAUUUUUACUUGGCGCUUGGACUGUCUCAUUAUCUUGUACACAACACAUGUACAAUAGCUCUAGCAUCAGCUCUGGCUAGAUCUGUGGUACUGAGGAAUAAUAUACUUCGUUCAAGUUUUACUCUCUUUUUUUAAA